CCCUGUCCGGGCACCGGGUGGUGGUUCGCCUCCGGGUUGGCCGAGAGCUGCGAAAGCGACCGCCCCUCCUCCCCUUCCUCUUCUGCUCCCCCUCUCCUCGCCAAGAACUCAUUCCACGCCCUCCCUCCUUCUAUCGCCUCCGCGCAGGAAAGGCUUCUCCUUUCCUCCCCGGAGAUUCCUGCUUCUUCCGAAGAUUAUCCAUUUGCUCUGUUGCGGAGGCCAAGUAGGAUAUCAGCCGAGGAGAAUGGCGGUUGGAGGAACUCAGCCCACCCUCAGGAAGUACCUUGGAGCCCUCAAGGACACAACGGCUGUGAGCUUGGCAAAAGUGAACAGUGAUUAUAAGGAAUUGGACAUUGCAAUUGUCAAGGCCACAAACCAUGUUGAGCGUCCAUCAAAGGAGAAGUACAUCAGAGAAAUUUUUCAUUCCAUUUCUGCUGCAAGGCCACGGGCAGAUGUAGCUUACUGCAUUCAUGCCCUUGCCAGACGUCUUUCCAAGACACACAACUGGGCGGUUGCACUGAAGACAUUGAUUGUCAUACAUCGUGCCUUUCGAGAAGUUGAUCCCACUUUUCGUGAAGAGCUUAUUAAAUAUGGAAGAUCUAGGUCCCAUAUGCUGAACAUGGCCUACUUUAAGGAUGACUCUUGUGCGGAAGCUUGGGAUUAUUCUGCAUGGGUGCGCAUUUAUGCUUUAUAUUUAGAGGAGAGGCUCGAAUGUUUCCGAGUGCUGAAGUAUGAUGUGGAAACAGAUCCUCCGAGGACUCGGGAUCUUGAUACUGUUGCUUUGCUUGAUCAUCUGCCAUCACUACAGCAACUCCUUUUUCGGCUUCUUGCUUGCCAGCCACAAGGAGCGUCGUCGUACAAUAUUAUAAUCCAGCAUGCACUUUCAAUGGUUGCUUUAGAGAGUGUUAAGAUCUACACCGCCAUUAGUGAUGGAACAAUCAAUCUGGUUGACAAGUUCUUUGAGAUGCAAAGAAAUGACGCUAUUAGGGCACUUGAUAUAUACAAAAGAGCAACUAAUCAGGCUGAAAGACUCUCAGAAUUUUACGAAGUGUGUAAAACUAUACACAUUGGGCGUGGUGAGAAGUUCUUGAAAAUCGAGCAGCCUCCAGCAUCAUUCAUACAGACUAUGGAGGAGUAUGUAAGAGAUGCUCCCACGAUGGCUCAAAAAGAUAAGGCUGUACUGGCGAUAGAAUACAAAAAAGAGCCAGAGGAGGAAAGAAAGCCAGCUUCACCGCCUCCAGCUCCUGAACCAGAACCAGAACAAGAACCCGAGCCAGAACCGGAACCAGUGAAAGAGGAAGCGCGAGCACCUGAACCAGAUUUGCUGGGUCUGAACGAACCGAACCCUGCCGUGGCUGAGAUAGAAGAGAAAAAUGCUUUAGCUCUAGCAAUUGUUCCGAUAGAUGAUGCACCUAAAGCUGCUCCUGCUACCUUUGAAAAUGGAGUCACAGGCUGGGAACUGGCCCUUGUCACGACACCAAGCUCAAAUGAAACUGCUGUUACCUCAAGCAAGAAAUUGGCUGGUGGACUGGACCUGCUCACCCUUGACAGCUUAUACAACGACGCGAACCGGAGAGCAAACCAGGCAGCAAGCUACAACCCCUGGGAGGCCGCCGCCGCCGCCCCAAUGAUGCAGAUGGCACCGGCGAUGCACGACCCGUUCUACGCCUCCGGCGGGUUCAUGGCGCCCCACGCGGUGCAGAUGGCCGCCAUGGCGCAGCAGCAGCAGCAGGCCUUCUUGCUGCAGCAGCAGAUGAUGACGAUGGCAGCGGCCCCAGCGCCGGUCGUCCACCAGAUGCAGAUGCAGCAGGCCCCGGGCAACCCGUUCGGCAACCCGUUCACGGCCGCCGGCGCGCACCCGUACGGCGCCGCCGGGAUGCCGCUACACGCGCCGCCCGGCAACGUCUACACGGGGCUGAUCUAGCCAUCUACGCGGCAAGUCCGGCGGUUUCUUGCAUAGUGCUACACCAUUCUUUUUGUCCUCGUACGUUUUCUCGUCGCCAGCGUGAUGAUUGUAGCAGACACAGGUAGAGGCCGGCGGUCACGGCUUAUAUAUAGCGUCAAGGUUGCGUGUAUACUGUAUAGCAGCAGGUCAGUGGUGCUGGUGUUGGUUCGGUAGAGAAGGUGGUUGUAUUAUAUGGCUGGCGUUUGGUUUUCGUUCCAUGUGCAGUUUAGAGUCGAUUCUUGUUGCGAGGAGACACGACACGUGGAGAUUGAAAUUCGAUUAUUCAUGGACAUUGGAUACGGUUGAACAAUGUGAUAUUCUUUGAA